UCCAGAGUCGUGCUAACUGGAAGUAGAGUGAUGAGUUCGUUCUUGUGAAUAAGCGCGGUGUAGUUUUUGAUGUACUCAUUCGUGGACAUCGCAGGAUUUACGUUUUCCUGUUGAUUUAGGAACAGGGCUGCAAAUCUUAAAGGGAGGCGACAAAACUGAUUCCAGAAGCACAGGUCCGGGAACAGACAGACCCCAGAGGCUCGCAGUCUAAAGCAGAUUGCCCUGUCGUGAAGAAACCCCUUCGGAAGACCUGAAGCAACGAUCUUCCUGCAGAAAGCAGGUUACAUCUCAAAAGGAUUUCUAAAAACCCUUGUGACUCCCUUCAAACAAGGAGUUGUUUGAUAAGAGAAGUAAGUGAGGUUGCGUUCAAGAUUCUUUGAUGGUAUUAUAUCCUACAGUUGUAAAUGGGGUCGUGUGUGUGCUUUCUCUGUAAAUGGGAUUCCUGGUGAGAUUUCUAGAACAUGGAAGAUUUACAGCGGGAAGGAAGAAAGGCUGUUCGCAGUUGACAAUGGCUCUUGUCCAGCCUCUGCUGGUUGUGCAGGAGGCCCUGAGGAAGUGCUUCCCUGUGGUGGAGGAACAGCAGGCCCUGUGGCAGAGCACCCUGCAGGACUGCUCGCCCCUCCUAUCCUCUCUCAGUAACCUGGCUGAGCAGCUGCAAGCUGCACAGAGUCUGCGCUUUGAGGAUGUGCCAGCCCUGCGUCCCUUUCCAGACUUACAGGAGCGGCUGAGGCGCAAGCAGCUGGAGGCUGGUGACGUUGUCCUGGACAAGCUAGCUGAGAGGCUAGCCACCCUCCUCAAGGUCCGUAACACCAUCAGUAGCCAUGUGGAGCAGGUAUUUCAGGCCUACGAGCAGCAUGCGGCUGUGCUAGACAUUGAUACCGUCCUGCGCCCCUCAGUCGUGAGCCCCUCUGUGGCUGACAUGUUGGAGUGGCUGCAGGACAUCGACAGACAUUAUGGAAGCUCGUACCUGAAGAGAAAGUACCUCCUCUCCUCCAUCCACUGGGGAGACUUGGCCAGCAUCCAAGCACUGCCCAAGGCCUGGGACCAAAUUUCAGAAGAUGAGUGCCAAACUCUUGUGUCAGAUGUCCUGGUGAGUGUCUCCUUCUUCCUGGAGGAGCCAGGAGGCUGUGCGGCGUCUGGAGAUCUGGAGCACCGCAGCUGAGGGCUGCCAUUGCUACACUAGGCUAUUUCUAAGUGAGGGUCAGCAUGGCUACCUGACUCACUGAAAUAGCAGUGCCUAGGACUUCUCCAUGCUAGGCCAUGGCCAAGGGUCCAUGGCAGCUGCACCUAUGACUCUGAGAAGCGGAUAGAGGCGGAGGAGACAGGAAAGGCAGUGCUAGUAAACAGUGUCCACCAAGGCAGGAAAGGGCGGAAUGCAAGGUUGUGUGGCCACCGCUGCCUAUGUCAUCUGAACCAUUAGUCUCUGGUUGGCUCAGGUCCUGAUUCUGUGUCAGUAUCUGAGUCCUUAAUGGCUUAAAGAUAGGAGUGGGUCUGGGAGUCCAGGGCGGGAGCAGUGUGUGUGUGUGUGUGUGUGUGUGUGUGUGUGUGUGUGUGUGUGUGUGUGUGAAAGUCAGAGGACAAAGUCAAUCACCUGCAAAACCCCAAAAAGGAAAGGACAAGAAAAGGGAACGUUUUUCUUCACCGAAGCUCAUUAUGAAGCCAGUUUCCAUUUCCAAAGUCAGCCACCAGGGGGCGAUGGUGCAGCGUGAGCUGUUCUGAAUGCCUUGUUCUUGAGGGAGGUCCCCUGUUGCUGUUAAAAGCCACUGAGGUGUCUGUGGGCAGGUGGGUCUCUGAUUUUGAGAUCACCUUCGUCUCUAUAGCUCCAGGUCAACCAAGGCCACAAACUGAGACUUGUCUCAAAAAGGAAGACACAGAGGUAAAGGGACCUCGCAUUGGCCAUGGUCUUCUGAGUUUGGGGUAACCGGCCAGGGAAGGGAAUGUCGGCUGUGAUGGUUGGUUUUUAUGGUCCACUUGACAUGCAAAGCCACCUCGGAAGGGAGUCUCAGUGAGGAAUGUUCUAGAUUUGGUUGGCUUGCAGACAUGCAAGAUUUUCUUAAGUGAGGUGAGAAGACCCAUCCUGAAUGUGAGUGGCAGCAUGUCAUGGGCUGAGCACUUAGCUGGCAUUCACCUUCGAUGGUGAGUAUGCCGUGAGCAGCUGCUUCAGGUUCCUGCCACUGACUCUCCUGUAGUAAUGGAUUCUAACUUCAAAUUAUAAGCCUAAUAUCUGCCAAUAGGUUUUAUCAUGCUUUAGGGUUCUCUAAAAGAACAGGACUAAUGAUAAUAUGAAUGAAUAUAAAGAGAGAGUACUGAGGGCAGCAAGAGUGAGGGCCGGCGUACCUAAAGCAAAAGCAUUCUUCUUCCAUAUGAUGAUAUGUGGACUCCCACCACAGGGUGUGGCCCAGAUUUGGGGUGGGUCUUCCCACCUCAAAUGAUCCAAUCGAGAAAACCCCUCACAGGCCUGCCUAGUUGCUUGAGUCUUAGUUGAUUCCAGAUGUCAAGUUGACAGCGAAGAUUAGCUAUCACAUGCAGUGCUGGGAAAGAGACUGAGAGGCAGCCUGGAGUGGUGCCGACCCUUGCCUCUGUGCCGCGGCCACUGCUCGGGGGUCUCAGCUUCCCAUGUGCUCUACAAGUCAGGGCUGCCGUGUACAGGGCGUAGUGCAGAGAAUGGGUUUAUUUUAGCUUUUGAUUUUACAAGACUGGGUUUCUCUGUGUAGCCCUGGCUGUCCUGAAACUCACUCU